AUUUGGAAGUGUUAGUGAUAAUGUUGAUUGGGCGUUUGCGGGCAUGGUCUAAAUGAUGACGUUGAAAGGAGAUAUCUUUGGGAGGAACUAGUUGUUGGCCAUGUGAGUUGGUGGGAGCUGCCGUGGUGCAUUGGUGGUGAUUUCAAUGUUCGUUUUCCGUGUGAAAAAUCAGGCUAGUCUAGACAAUCAGCAGUUUGUAUGUCAGAGAGAACAGUGGGAAGCAGAAUUCGAAAAUUAAUGAAAAUGACCUAAAAGGAAGUCGUUUAUGAGCAUUUUCCUCUCCUUCCUUUUGUUCAUCUGAAUCCAAAUGGACCCCUGAGAGUCAGGAUUUGGUUUCUCUUUACACAUCAGAUGGGCAGAGAUCUGUGUCAUAUCUGGCUACUUUACAAUUACACUAGGACCUUUUUUGGUUUUGAUGCUGAUCAUGUUCCAAGCAUCGUUUGUCACUGAAUUAGAAAUCAGUGCCUAUGUCCCACGUGGUACCCCGUACCCUAACUUUUUUGCUUUUUUAAAAAAAAUUCAGAAUCACGGGUGAAAAGUGAAAACCUUUCCCCCAUUUCAGAAGCCCAAUCUUCCCCAAAAUUUCAAAAACCCCCAAUCCUCAUCCCUCCAUCUCCACUGGUCCCCUCCCCCCACGGGCCCCACCGACGGCUCUGCCGCCCACGAGCACCGCCUAUCGCCACCCACCACCGACCAGUAGCGCCAACACCGACCCCCGUCGGUCUCUCUCUACGACUGACUGCCAGAUUUGAGAAGAUCAUGGGGUGCCUUUCAUUGCCUACUAUUGGUUUGGUUUUAUUGUGUUCAAUGGUCUGCACGGUGGGUGGCAUUGGUGCCAACUGGGGCACACAGACCAGUCACCCUCUGCCUCCAGAUACAGUAGUGAGGCUGCUGAGGCAAAAUGGGUUUAGAAAGGUUAAGCUUUUUGAUGCGGAUUAUGGGGCAUUGAGAGCUCUGGGUAAAUCUGGGAUUGAGGUCAUGGUGGGGAUUCCUAAUGAUAUGCUUCAAUCUCUCGCCAGCAGCGUGAAGGCUGCUGAGAAAUGGGUUGCCAAAAAUGUCUCCACACAUAUCACCACCAAUAAUGUCGAUAUCAGGUAUGUUGCAGUUGGAAAUGAACCUUUCUUGUCGACAUACAAUGGAAGCUUCCUCAGAACAACAUUCCCUGCUCUGCAAAAUGUCCAAUCUGCCUUGAUAAAAGCUGGUCUUAGCAACAAAGUAAAGGUGACAAUCCCCCUUAAUGCUGAUGUUUAUGCGAGCUCAACUGACGUUCCUUCUGGUGGUGACUUUCGUGCUGACAUCCAUGACCUAAUGCUUGGCAUUGUCAAGUUCUUGAAUGACAAUGGUGCUCCCUUCACUGUGAACAUCUAUCCAUUUAUAAGCCUCUACACCGACCUCAACUUCCCUGUUGAGUAUGCCUUCUUUGAUGGCAAUGCAUCACCUUUAACUGACGGUGGGACGACCUACUACAAUAUGUUUGAUGCAAAUUAUGACACUCUUGUGUGGGCCCUCCAAAAGAAUGGGUAUGGAAAUUUGCAAAUCAUAGUUGGGGAGAUUGGGUGGCCAACUGAUGGAGAUCGAAAUGCAAACCUAGUGUAUGCUCAGCGGUUCAACCAGGGUUUCAUGUCCCACAUAUCCGGUCAGAAAGGGACCCCAAUGAGACCUGGGAUGCAAGUUGAUGCAUAUUUAUUUAGUUUGAUUGAUGAGGAUACUAAGAGUAUUGAUCCAGGAAAUUUUGAACGCCAUUGGGGAAUAUUUACUUAUGAUGGGCAAUCAAAAUACCCUCUUAACCUUGGCACCACAAAUUCAGGAUCCUUGGUUUCUGCACAAAAUGUACACUAUUUGGACCGCAAAUGGUGUGUGAUGAAGCCAUCUGCUAAACUUGAUGACCCACAAGUGCAACCAAGUGUGAGCUAUGCUUGUUCACUAGCUGAUUGCACGAAGCUUGGAUAUGGGACAUCUUGUGGCAAUUUAGAUGCUCGGGGAAACAUCUCAUACGCAUUUAAUAGUUACUACCAGAAGAAUAAUCAACUUGAUGGUGCUUGCAAGUUUCCCAACCUUUCAAUGAUCACCAAAUCAGAUCCAACAGUUGGUAGUUGCCGAUUUGAGAUAACAAUGGAGCCAUAUUAUGGAGGUGCAGAAAGGACACUUGGGUGUCUCCCAAAGCCAUUGAGUUUGGUUUUUGGCCUUAUUCUCUUUUUGCUAACAAUUCUGUGAAUUCUAAGCUUGAAGUUCCCGAGGACCCCGAAGUUCAAGACUAGAAUUCUUAUAUCCUUUGGCCGGAUUUUGGUGGCUGGAAGAAGGUCAUUUAUCGCCCCAAACAUGACUGUUGCUGACUCUUCUCGGCCAUCUUUUAGGGCUAUUUUGUAACCAGGGCGGAAUACUGCACGCGGCAUGUAGGUCUCGUCGCCUAUGCCAGAAUUUUUGAGAACUCGUUGCUGAUGUUCAAUGGCAGUAUCAUUGAAGUUGCCAGAUUUUCUUGCUAAUUGAAUGAACUCCUCCUUUGAAAUCUGUGCAAGUUCAAUAUAGUGGAAAAACUUUACUUUGCUGAGCAUUAAUUAAAUGAUGAAAUUUUUCAUUUUUUAUUAGCUUAAACUUUUGGGAUGACUGAUAAUUUGUCAUUGUAUUAGAGCAUAGGUUAAAUAUUCUACGUGUUGGGACUCAUUUAUAAAAGGAUGAGAGUUUGUACCCACACAAUGAGCUAGGGGGAGUGUUACAUAUAUUAAGUUAAAUGCGCU